ACUGCAGAAAAGUUGAGAGGAUUGGAAACAGACAUGGAAAGUGCUUCAUUGUUGUCAUUGUUGGUGGUACCAUUGAGUAGAUUUUCAACUCAUAUCAAUCCGGCAUGACAGAGUAGAACUACCUCUAUAGGAUUUUCUAGGAUGUAACUUUACAGAAGCAGAUUGUCACGUCCUUUUCCCACAGAGCCACUGCGUAUUUUGAACUGUCAACCUUCCAGUUAACAGCUGAGGGCUUAACCAUUGUACCACCAAGGCUAAGGACACAUAAUAUUCUAACUUUCAGAACUGUUGUUUGGAUGUUCAGAGAUUGGCCAGUAUUAAGGCCCACCCUUGUAGCACAGAAACAAAAAAAUAAAUAAUUUCACCUGAUGUUUGUUUGUAUGACUGGUAAUAAUGGGAUCCCAGAGUCUUUAACUUCCAGCAAGGAGCAGGGACAGGGAGAGAGAACUGGAGAUACCUGAAUGAUAAGAUUUCAUCUGUUUCCCACCCCACAAGUAAAUACCUCCCUCAAAUUUCUUCUUCUCUUCCCCCAUAGAAUCCCCAGAAGAAAAUGGCAGCAGGAAAUCAUUCCACGGUGACUGAGUUCAUUCUUGCUGGGCUGACAGAAAAGCCGGAACUCCAGCUCCCCCUCUUUCUUUUCUUCCUAGGAGCCUAUGUGAUCACAGUGAUGGGGAACCUGGGCAUGAUCACACUGAUUGGGUUCAGUUCUUACCUGCACACCCCCAUGUACUAUUUCCUCAGCAGUUUGUCCUUCAUUGAUCUCUGCCAAUCCACUGUCAUUACUCCCAAAAUGCUGCUGAACUUUGUGACAGAGAAGAACACAAUUUCUUACCCUGAAUGCAUGAUUCAGCUCUAUUUCUUUAUUGUUUUUGCUAUUGCAGAGUGUCAUAUGCUGGCUGUGAUGGCAUAUGAUCGAUACACUGCCAUCUGUAACCCAUUGCUUUACAAUGUCAACAUGUCUUAUCAGGUCUGCUCCUGGUUGGUAGUUGAGGUAUAUAUGAUGGGGUUGAUUGGUGCUACAGCUCACAGAGUUUGCAUGCUAAGAGUGGUUUUCUGCAAGGCUAAAAUAAUCAACCAUUACUUCUGUGAUGUUUUUCCACUACUGGAGCUCUCGUGCUCCAGCACUUAUAUCAAUGAAGUGGUAGUUUUGUGCUUCACAGUAUUUAAUAUUCUUGCACCAACCUUGGCCAUCCUUGGCUCCUAUGUCUCUAUCAUUGCCAGCAUCCUGAGAAUCAGCUCCACUGAGGGCAGGUCCAAAGCCUUCAGGACAUGCAGCUCCCACAUCUUGGCUGUUACACUCUUCUAUGGUUCUAUAGCAUUCAUGUACCUGCAACCAUCAAAUGUCAGCUCCAUGGACCAAAGCAAAGUGUCUUCUGUGUUUUAUACCAUUAUUGUGCCAAUGCUGAACCCUCUGAUCUACAGCCUGAGGAAUAAGGAUGUCAAAGUUGCUCUCAAUAAAAUCAUUAAGAAAAGAUUAUUUUGCAUUAGCAAAGGUGUAUAA